UCAUAGAAAAGUCUUAUGCGCAAGAAAUUUCUCUCACCAACUCGACAUGAGGAGUCAACUAUAAUGGCAACUCAAAUUUGAUUUGGAAACCUGCAAAAAGUUUCAUGCGGUUAGAAUUCCACCCUUAUUAUUUGCCUGUUAAAUUGGUAUUCUGCAGCCUAGUUAGGUAAAAAAUUCAAAAAUGGAACAAGGGCCAAUUCCUUCUCCUCAUGUACUCAUCUUUCCUGCCCCAGGCCAAGGCCAUGUAAACGCCAUACUCAAGCUUGCAGAGCUUUUAAGCCUUUCUGGCUUUAAGAUUACCUUCUUAAAUUUCCACCAUAUCCAUGAACGUCUACUUCUUCAUACAGAUAUUGAAGCUCGUUUCUCCAAAUAUCAUGGAUUCCAAUUCAAGACCAUACCAAGUUUUCGGCUGGAACAACCUCGACCGGCCGAUGCGGUGAGAAAGUUACUUGAGGAAGUGGAAGUGAAGAGCAGGCCGAUUUUUAAGAGGAUGGUGAUUGAGAGUAAUCCAGCAGUUAACUAUAUAAUAGGAGAUGGGCUGAUGGGAUUUGUGUAUGAUGUCGCUUUGGAGCUUGGAAUUCCUGCGAUUCAGAUGCAUUGUAUAAGUGCUUGCUCCUUCUGGACUGUCUUUUCUAUUCCUGACGUUGUUGCAGCUCAUCAACUUCCUAUCAAAGGAAAAGAAGACAUGGACAGGUUGAUCACAAGAGUACCAGGAAUGGAAUCAUUUCUUCGAUGUCGAGAUCUUCCAGCAGGGUUCUGCCAAGUCAGCGACUUAUCAGACCCAAAUCUCUUCAUUCUCACCAACCAGAUACGACAAUCUCAAGCACUCAUCAUCAACUCCUUCGAAGAGCUAGAAGGACCAAUACUUUCUCAAAUACGCACUCGCUACCCUAAAAUCUACACAAUUGGACCUGUCCAUGAGCAUCUGAAAAAAAAACUAAGAAGCAUCGGAAAGCAAGAAUCAUAUUCAUCAUCGACCGAUCUAUUUAAAGUUGACAAGACCUGCAUCACAUGGCUGGAUAACCAACCACCGCAAUCUGUACUCUAUGUAAGCUUCGGUAGCGUUACAAUAAUGACAAGAGAGCAGCUCAUGGAAUUCUGGUACGGUUUGGUUAACAGCAAGAAGAAAUUCUUGUGGGUUAUAAGACCUGAAUCUGUUAAUAAUCUUGGAGAAAUUCUUCAGGAGCUUCAGGAGGGAGAAAAGAAAAGAGGAUACAUUAUCAAAUGGGCACCACAAGAAGAGGUUUUAGCACAUAAGGCAAUUGGUGGGUUCUUGACACACAGUGGAUGGAACUCUACUCUGGAGAGUAUAGUGGCUGGUGUGCCUAUGAUCUGUUGGCCUUAUUUUGGUGAUCAGCAAGUGAACAGCAGGUUUGUGAGUGAGGUGUGGAACCUGGGCUUGGAUAUGAAGGAUGUGUGUGAUAGAAGGGUUGUGGAGAAGAUGGUGAAUGAUCUGAUGGUGGAUAGGAGGGAGGAGUUUGUGAGAUCAACGGCUAAGAUGGCAGAGUUGGCAAGGAAAAGUGUGAGUGAAGGUGGGUCUUCUUCUUGUUGUCUGAACAGUUUGAUCGAUGAUAUGAGGGUGAUGAUCAAGAAGGCAUGCAUCGUUGAAGAUUGAUUUAAAAUCACAUGGUUAGUCAGUAUGAUUUAGUCUUUUUAGUUUUUUUUAUUUAGAUAUUUUAAGUUUCAUUUUCUUGCCUGCCUACCAAAUCAGGCCAUAUUCUGCAAUGACAUUUCUAAUUUUGUUA